AUGGCUGAACAAGAGGAAGAUGGUCUCAAAAGUAAGGACGAUGCAGAGAAAUCUGUCGUCCCGGUUAUCCCAAAGACAUCUGAAGACAACAUUGUGGAGAAAGAUGAAAAGAAGAUAGGAGAGAAAUGCGCCGCCAAGAGCAGUAAGAAGGAAAACGUGGAGAAGUGUGAGUUUUGGAAUUUUUGGGUAUUGGGACGUUCUGGAACCGGACGUUCUGAAAUAACUGUAGAUUUUGAAACGCCCCAUACAUUUUCAGCACCAAAAUCUGUCGUUUCUUGUGAGACACCGUCGAAAAACGAGAGAAGACGGAAGAAGAGAAUCGAAAAAGGGAAUUUAGGAGGACGAAAGGUCUUCAAAACUGAUGGAAAUUCCCGAGGGGCCCCGAAGGGACCCCGGAAAGGUAAAGUUAACAAAACGAAUAGAAGAGGACAGUCAUCGCCAGAACCCCCCAAAAUACCGUUCCUGCUGGAAAUCAGCCCAGAGAAGUUAGUUGUUCCACCAUUGGAACCUCUCAAAGUCACCGUCAGAAAUCCGACUGAAGACACUCAAACCCUUCGUUGUACAUUCGAUUCCUAUUACUUCUUGGUGGAUUUCAAUGAUGCCAAAUCAAGUAGACAACAAGGAGUAACCCCUGCGGCGGCAUACGGUUGCUAUGAGUUGGGACCGGGUGAAUCUUGUAGUUUGACAAAUAUCAUUGACAUUGUCUUUUACAAUCAUAAGCGUCCUGAAGGAUUUCUGAAAUUUGAGUACCGCAAGAAAGAAAAACGAACGAAUGCUAAAUGGGUGGUGCGAAAACAACAAUUGCAUUUGACGGAUGAUAUUCAGGAGAUGAUACGGUUGGAGGAUGAAAAAAGUAAAGAGAAAGCAAAGGGGAAUGAAGGAACACAUGAGAACGAAACAGCAACCGAUCCCAAUCCACCGGAAAAUAUGAAGUUUUACAGAAUGAAAUGGCUUCACAAUGCUACUCAAAGCCACCAAAAAUGGAGAGCAAGUUGGGGUGAACAGUUGAGGAACGAUGACGAUGGAACGCAUCGAGUUUUUUCUGUCCAACCAGAUUUUGUUGUUGACCAAUUUGUGCGGAACAAUGAAAAUUACAACCAAACACUUGGAACCGAGAAAGACAAUCUUGCUUUCUGGAAACGCAUUUUUGUAACACGGAAUAUUAGAAAUUAUGAGUGUAAAAUAGCGAUUUUGGAUCGAAAUGCUGGGUUUGGAAAGCAUGAUUUCACUGCGGAGACGUUGGAGGAGUCACUUGAGAAGGCUGAGAAGUUUUUGGAAGAUCAGAGGAAAGAAGAUAGUAAGAAUUAUAAUUUACACAUUGAACAAGUAAGAAUGGAGCGCGAGAUAGAGCAGAAGAAUAAGAAGGAGAAAGAAGAUUUAGAGAAGGAAGAAGAAUUUAAGAAGGAACUUGAAAUGGUGCAGCCAGUGAAGCAGAAGGAAGAGAAGAAAGUGGAGAAAAAAGAAGAGAAUAAGGAGGAACAGAAGAAGAAGAAGAAUCCGUGCUGCUCAAUUUUGUAA